AUGAAAGAGCAAAAUAGCUUCAUUCAGUACAAUUCUACAUCUGCAAAUCACCUAUUCAAACGAAAAUGCCACCAAAAGCCUGUCCAAAAACCGGCAGAGGAGGUUCAGCCGUACAAUGUUGUUAUCAACAGAUCAUCAUCCAACCUGACAAUGAGUACCUUGGAAAGUUACAGCCUUUCCGAUGACGAGGACGAAGAGGACGAUGAGAAUGACUUUACGCCCACCCCCUCCACGUCUUCCUGCACACUGAAAUGCGCCAACAAAGAGGAGCCAUGGCGCCUGAAUCCGCUACAUUUCAAUGGUGACGAGUACUUUUUCCAAGAUCGAGAUGAAAAACAUCAGAUGGAUGAUACUAGCAACUGUUCUAUAUGCAUUGAAAGAGAUUCAUAUGGUUUCAAGCGGCCUACACAAUGGGUGAAGCUCAAACACUUGCAUCAAUUUGAUACGUAUUAUCAACCCAUUUUGGACAAGCAACAGCUGAAAUGGAAGAGAAUGAUUCAGAAUGGAUGGCCAUCUGUGGAUUCAAUAAAACUAAAAAGAUAUGCUCGACAUGGUAUACCCAGUGAAUUUAGAGGCGAGGCUUGGCUACAUUACAGUGGGGCCAAAUCAAAGAUGGAAGCAAAUCCAGAACUCUAUCCAGCCUUGGUUCAGACUGCCAUGCAGAUGGGCGAGAACAACGAGCAUGCUGAAAUCAUCCAGCGAGAUCUUCAUCGCACAUUUCCCGACAAUUCAAAGUUUGCAUGUAUCACCUAUCACAACAGCACCACAAUGGUAGAGACCGAGAGCAAUUCUAAACUGCAAUCACUGCGUCGCAUUUUACUGGCGUUUAGCCUGCACUCGCCUCAAAUUGGGUACUGUCAAUCACUCAACUAUCUGGCUGGAUUCUUCUUGUUGUUUUGCAAGACAGAGCAGGAGGCAUUUUGGAUGCUGGUCACCACGGUGCACGAUUAUUUACCCGAAAACAUGUACGAUGUCACCAUGGAAGGCGCAAAUAUAGAUCAAUCCGUCUUGAUGAUGUUGGUUUACGAGCAUCUUCCCGAGGUUUGGAGUAAAAUCUCGGUCUCGUCUGGCUACUUUUGGGAGGAUAAUAACAAGAAGAGGGGAUUGCCGCCGAUUACACUAGUGACAAAUCAUUGGUUUCUGACCAUGUUUAUUAACAUAUUACCUAUUGAGACUGUGCUUCGAAUUUGGGAUUGUUUCUUUAUUGAAGGGUACUCUAUCAUGUUCCAAACAGCAUUGACCAUCAUUAAAAUGAACAGUGAAAAGAUUGCUACAUUGGAAGAUUCGAUUGAAAUAUUUCAAGUGCUGCAAAACAUGCCAAGGAGAUUGAUCGACUGCCAUCAAUUUAUGAAUAACGUGUUUUCAGCCGAGAAUUCUUAUUCCAAUCUUGAUGCUAUUCAAAUAGCCCAAAGAAGAGAAUUUUUGAAGGAUCAACACUGUAAAUAA